AUGGCAAGAUUAGUAUUGAGUUUAUCGUUUAUUAUGUUGUUACGGUUAUCUGCUUAUUAUGCUCAGUGUGAUCCCAAUAUUUGUUCUGUAUUAGAUUAUUAUCAUUCAUUGAUAUCUCCUUGUUUUAGUGAUUCAGAUGAAGAUCGUUGUAAAACAAUUUAUGAUUGUGCCACUAUUGGUAGUGACUUGGCAUCAUUUUUUAUUGUUAACAUCACAUCCGAUGAAAGAAAAGUUAUACGUGAAUUAUUUAAAGUUGAAGAUUUAUAA